AUGCUUCGCGUCCCCUUGGCGCUGGGCGCCGUCUCCCGCGUUUUCUUUUUCGGGCGCGCCGUCUGGCUUUUUCGCUUCUUUUCUCUCUGUGCGGGGGGUCCUCUGGUUUUGCGCGACCGGGGCUGUGAGGCGCCUCUGGCUCUGCAGCUGGUGGUGGUGCUGCUCCUGUCACUAUGUCACUGUGUCGUGGGGCCGACGUGCGCGGAGCACGCGGCGCGGAUCGUUUUGCUCGCGGCCUCGCCGACGCGCCGCUCCGCCGGCACGCUCUGCGCCCGUCGGUGGCAACCGCGGCGGCUCUUCUCGCCAUGCCAGGCGUUGAGCGCCAGCCAGCAGCAGGCGGCAGCAGCCCGCCGGCAGCUGUACUGCGGUUGGCCCAGCCGCAACGGGUGCUCCGGCCCGAAGGGCGGGCAACUCACGCCGGCUGGGAACUACAGCUAG